GUUUACGUCAGUUGUCUCUCCAGGCAACAAAACAGUUAGCUGUCACUCUGCGGAGCUCCGAGACUCUUUUCUGACGCAAACUCCCCCAAAAACAGUCAGCAUGGCUGAAGUAGAAGAAACUCUGAAGAGAAUCCAGAGCCAGAAAGGAGUACAGGGAGUCAUCAUCGUCAAUUCAGAAGGAAUCCCCAUUAAGACGACUCUGGACAACCCGAGCACGGUGCAGUACGCAGGACUGAUCCACCAGCUGGUGAUGAAGGCGAGGAGCACCGUGCGAGACAUCGACCCCCAGAACGACCUCACCUUCCUCCGCGUCCGCUCCAAGAAGAACGAGAUCAUGAUCGCUCCGGAUAAGGAUUAUUUCUUGAUCGUCAUCCAGAACCCCUCGGACUGAGCCAGAAGAAGCUGCUGCCCGACUCGUCUCUUUCUUUGUUUUUUCAUUUUUCAAACAGCCAAAUGUUGUCUUUGUCUCACUAAAUCAAAAGAACCCGUUCACCAGAAGCUUUUUACGCACUCGCCAACUCAGGAGGUAACGACAGGAUUUGCAGGUGGAUGAAAUGAAGAUGUGCGAACCACGCUGCGGCCAGUCGCUCUGCAGGCAAAUUUAUUUUUUCCAUGUUUUAGCAUUCCAGUUCGACCUCCUCUCUGUGCAUACUGCAUGUUAUGUCACUGUUCAUUUGAAUGGUAUUUUAACUAAAAAAUCUCAAGCAGAAGUAGGAAACUGAAAACUGAAGCAGUGCAUACAUCCCUGCAAAAUGCACAGUGUAAAAGAGAGAGAGACCACAGUACAUCUUAAAGUUUGAGCAUGUUUUUUUUCAAUUCUACCUUAAUGGAAAAUUUGGAAAUGUUAUUUAUUGUUUUGUUGGAGUUCAGUAUUUCACUGGUGAGCAGCGAACAACACUGCAAACACUUCUCUGCUCUGCCAUGUCAAGGUUCUGAUGGUUAUUUUGACAAAUUAUGAAAUUAAAAAGAGUUACAACUGUG